GCAGAUUUUUUAUUAAAAUUCUUGCUGUAAAACUGGGGCUCAAGCAUUUUAGAACCCACAUGUUUGGGAGGCAAGGCUCUGCCUAUCAGUUCACAGGCAUGUAGUUUGGGGUUUUGGAAGCUCCAGCACCCUUUGUUUUUCUCUUGUUGCUUCAGUGCCAGCAGAUGGCACCAGAUGCUCUGUUCUUCCUGGUGUCAAGUCCUGGUUGGUGUCACUAAUCCUCUUCUUCUAUCACCAGGAAAGGAAGCUGCUGUAUUCCUCAGUCUUAUUCUCUGAUGCUUAUAUAAUUGAGUAUUUUUGUUUGGAGUUGAAUUUAGACUUGUUGGUGCUUAAAUUACUUGCUUUAUUUGCUCUCUCUGGUUUGGGUUUCAAACUCUGAACCCCUCCCUCUAAAAAGGAGCAUGUGGCUUUUCAGCUGGAGUCAUUGUAGAGGAAGAAUUAGGAUCCUGAAAUAGGACUGGGUUGAAACAAAUUUUUGAGAGCAAAAGAGAAAGACUGAAAAGAUGUCAAAUAUUCAGAGAAACUUGUGAGGAAAUAUAAAAGUGCAAAACCCAAGAUAUGAAAAUGGCCAAAACAGAGCAUGUUUAGGAAUAUUAAAUUGGUUACUUUAAUAGUUGCUUUCAUUACCUUAAUCUUUAAAUUUUAGCAGACAGCAUACAAUUUAAAAAUGUUUCGAGUGGUUCUUUUCUCCAUUCUUAUUUCCAAGUUGUGUGCCUUCAUGACAAACUGCUUUCCGUGUGUGUCAGCAUAGAGCCCUGAUUGGACCCUUGCACAGGCCAGGCAGCAUUGCCGCUGAGCCGCACCCCGUCCACCAUGUGGUACCCACAGUUUGGUUGUGUUCUUUGUCUGCAAUUCUCUGUACCUGCUGUGGGGUGUUUUGGGUUGGUUUGGUUGGUUGGUUGGUUUUUUGUUUUGUUUUUGUUUUGUACAACUCCAAAUCAGAGGAUUGCCAGGCCAGUUGUAGGUGAGAGGACACGGGGUUCAGGUCUUUUCCCAAGCUAAGGAAGAGCAGGGAAGUUACUUGUCUCGGAGCCCCUUUCUUGUGCAAAAUGUAGGUAAGGGUGACAACUCCUCGAGGUUGUCCCGAGGGGCGAAAACAGUGUUGGUAGGUUACCUGACAUCUGUGCCCCAAGAAAGCUAACACUGCGUGCUGACAGCACUAAUAGGUCUUAUUUAAAAACAUCCUGCUCACUUCAGUUCUCAAAGUUCUUACCGUGUAGCUUUAUCCCUGUCUUUUAAAUUGGAGAUGUAGACAUUGCAUUUUGGGUCUCGAAUGAGCUCUCGUUUCAAAAAUCGUGUUUGCUCAAGGGCCUGUGUUUACAGUGAGCUUUCCAGUGGGUAUCGGUGGAGUACUCGGUUAGUGGGCUGGGAGAGAGGCCUGCUUGGGAGUGUUUUCCUCUGGGAUUAUAGGGGCGGCCUCGGGUUCAGCCUUACUCUCUAGGCACCGGGCCACUAGGUGCAAGCGUGGUCUAGGGGAGCCGGCCGUUUCCCCCCCACCCUUCGGGUGGGAGCUACGUGCCACCAUCUGUCGGAGGUACCCGGCUAGGCCUGAAGUUCUCCCCGGAGACAGUGGGCAACAGGUCGGUGGCCAGUGGGCGGGCUUUCGUCCCUGCCCUCCUGCCUCAUAGCCAAUCAGCAACCCGGAAGUGGGCCGCUGCUUGGGUAAAGUGGUGACGUCAUCGUAGCCGGGAGGUUUCCUAGGGCUCAGCCAAUGAGCUGCAGGUGCAGCGGCAUUCCCUGUACUGUGCUUGCCCAAUGCCCGCAGAGCCCAAGGGGGCCCGGCUGUCGGCAUGCAGCCAAUGGGAAGCAGGCAGGAGCACGAGGCGGAGUUGCGAGUCCUGCGGCCAAUACGGUGCAGGGGGCGGAGUCCGGGCCUUGUCAAGCCCAGCCAACCAGCGAGAGGAGCGGGCUUCUGGGGCGGGGUCUCGGGCACUUCUCCAAUCGCGGCGGUCCAGGGGCGGGUUGUGCCGAGGGCGACCCAAUGAGGGGCACCGCCGCCGCGGGCCUGUCAAGGGACGGGAUCGGGGGCGGGCGGCGGCGAGUCGGGAUAAACACUCGGCGGCCGCGGCUGGGAUCCGGGCUCCGUGCCGUCCCAGCGCUGUCCCUCCUGGCUGGCCAGCGCGGCGGCUCUUCGGCGUUCCCGGCCGGCGGCCCGCGGGCACCGAGAGGCGGCCCGCCGGGUGCAGGAUGGCGACAGCCGUCGGGAUGAACAUCCAGCUGCUGCUGGAGGCGGCCGACUACCUGGAGCGGCGGGAGAGAGAAGCUGAACAUGGGUAUGCCUCCAUGUUGCCGUACAGUAGCAAGGACAGAGAUGCCUUCAAACGGAGGAACAAGCCCAAGAAGAACAGCACCAGUAGCAGAUCAACUCACAAUGAGAUGGAGAAGAACAGGCGCGCUCAUCUCCGCCUGUGCCUCGAGAAGUUGAAGGGGCUGGUGCCGCUGGGCCCCGAGUCAAGCCGGCACACCACACUGAGUUUGCUGACAAAAGCCAAAUUGCACAUAAAGAAACUUGAAGAUUGUGACAGAAAAGCUGUCCACCAAAUAGACCAGCUUCAGCGGGAGCAGCGGCACCUGAAGCGGCGGCUGGAGAAACUGGGUGCCGAGAGGACCCGGAUGGACAGCGUGGGCUCUGUGGUGUCCUCAGAACGCUCUGACUCAGACAGGGAAGAGCUGGACGUGGACGUGGACGUGGAUGUGGACGUGGAGAGCACAGACUACCUCACUGGGGACCUGGGCUGGAGCAGCAGCGUGAGUGACUCGGACGAGCGAAGCAGCAUGCAGAGCCUGGGCAGUGACGAGGGCUACUCCAGUGCUAGCAUCAAGAGAGCCAAGCUCCAGGCUGGGCACAAGGCAGCUCUCGGGCUCUAGGGAGGGCCGAGGGUCCUCUCAUCUGAUCACGUAGUGUACCAGACCUGCCCAGACGCCCUUGCACGCCAACCUCACAUACCACCUUGACCAAAAUCAGCUCUGUCCAUUUUGCAGAAAGCUCGUAGGGUUGUGGUUCUGAGUGCGGUCAGUAGCUUCUCUGUCCAUCCACGUCAACGCUGAGAGACCGUACAUUCCAGUCAAUUUGAAGCACCCAAGAAUCCUUAGCCCUAAGCAAGUUUCACCUCUCAGCAGCCCCCUGUGCACUGUCCUCCUGCAGCUGGCCAGGCCUGUCUUAGUUUUCUGGCUUAUGAUGGUACUCGCCCAGGAGAGAAGUUCACGCUUUGUCUGGCACAUAGGAAACCGAAGCAAACUUCUCAAAGGGAACUCAAUCUCAGAAACCCCAAAGGAAGCUUUGAAAGCAAAACUGCAGAGCACUGAGAAGCCAGGAAUACCUCCAGCAAGCCCUGUUGCGGCCCCGCCACGGUGCCACCGUGUCCCCACUGAAGAGCGGGCACUCGGCAGCUCAGGAGAACAGUGUGCCCCCUGAGUGUUGUUCUGGGGACCUGGCUGUGUGCCGUGUCUCAAGGCACCCCCACGCCCCAAGUUUGUUGAUGCUACUUGUCUCUGGAACAUUGUCCUACCUCAGAGAUAGAUGAGAUCUCCAUUGCCCACGUAAAGAAAGUGAUUAUGCUUCUUUGCCCACUCCCACCUGUUUUCCUGUCGGACUCCCAGCAAUAACUGAGUUUUGGCGCUGGCUGAGCUAGUAGCCACUGUCUCUGAGAGAGAAAGAGGCCACAUUUCUUCUAUGUGGCAAGUAAACAGGAGGGUCCCCAUGUCACCAAAACCUCCUGCUGAGAUAUUUUUGGACACAUCUGGAAGCUUCCUUCUGGAGACUUCUGGGUUGAUGGCUGGAAAGGAUGAUGUUUUCUUCCCUCGUGGCAUUUUUAUUUAAGCUAAACCAGAGCACACGUGUAUUGUACAUAAGACACACAAACCUAUAAAUACUAUUUAUUCAUUUUAUAGAGACGAAUGGAAUGGAAUGGAAUAUAAAUUCUUAUGACUGCUUUUAUAGAUGUUCUAGAAACUUUGUAUGUAGCUGUCUAUAAAAUUAGUUCAUUCCCCUGACUAUUUUUGCAUUUGUAUUUUGAGGUCUGGGUGUUUUCAGCCUCUGGUGAAUCUUUUUUUCAUUGAGUCUGAACCAUUUGUAAAAUCUGUGGCCUGCUCAGAGCCGAGCCCGUGUCAUGGAGUGAUGGAACAUUCCUGAGAUCCACGGGUGCCACCUAAAAACUCCAUGGCUGACUCGGCAGCAGGCGGCUACCCAGUCCCACCCCUGUCCUCCGAUCCAAACAGACCCUGACCACACAAGGUCACUCUGGGGUCCUUGGAAGUCAUGGCUUUCUUAAUGAUCCCCAAGCCCUGUUUUUGCUCUCCCCGACUCCCUCCCCUUGCUGAAGUGUUUCCCAAAUACCAGCUGAAAAUUAGCACAGAAAACAGCCUGGAUCCAUUGGCAUUUGUGCUCCUUCCAGAGUCUGAGUAGGUGGAGGUGUUUGGCUGGCCAGGUCUGUCCUUUGACUAGAAGAUACAGCUGUGCCUUGAGGUGCCCCCCUCAAUCCCCACCCGCUAGACCCCGAGGGCCUCACGUCCACUCACUGCAUCCAAGCUGGCAGAAAGCCAAGACCGUGGGAGAAGUUUGCGGGGCGCCCAGGGGACAAAACUUGUGCGCAUUUAUUUCACUUAGGUGUCUGAGAGAUGCCGUUAGUUUCUGUGUUUUAAUUGUUUCACCUUUGAGUUAAACUGCUUUUCUUUUUUCUUUUUUCUUUUUUUUUUUUUUUGGUCUUUGGUUGAAACAUGACGUGUACUGUCCUAACAUAAAGCAGUAACUAUUUGA